AUGGCUUCACAUCGGAGUCAACAUCAAAUGAAGGAGCAAAAGGUGUUCUUGUCAGUUGAUGGACCGAGAUUGUUUCCUUUUAAGAAUAGAAGAAAGUUUGCUGUGAGAUGUUGGCUUUUUUUGAAGGAAUUUUCAACAACACCUUCUAGUGGGAACAUUGAGGUUGAGGAAGAAUUGCUUAAUCAACAACAAGUGUCAGAGGAGUCUAGUAAUGAUUUCCCUAGCCAUUGGAGUGAUUCAAGUGAUGGAGAUUCAAGUGAUAUCCAAGAGAUUGACGCAAGUGAGUUUAUUCCAAAGAGCAAGCGCCUUGAAGAGAUUGAAGAUGCACAUUCAAGUAUGUAG